AUGACUCAAGACCAAGUUGCUCCCGCGGCGACCCCCACGCCAGCACCAGCACACAAUCCCUCGCACGAGGAACAUCAAUACCUCAACCUGAUCCGGACGAUCCUUGACCAAGGAGAGCACAGGCCCGAUAGAACUGGCACUGGAACACGAUCUUUGUUCGCACCGCCUCAACUUCGCUUUUCGCUCUCAAAGCCUGAUCCCAACGGAGGCGACCCGAUCAAAGUUCUGCCUCUUCUCACCACGAAACGGGUUUUCCUACGCGCCGUUCUCGCCGAGCUUCUCUGGUUCAUUUCCGGCUGCACAUCGUCGCUACCCCUCUCCGAGGCUGGCAUCAAGAUCUGGGAUGGAAACGGCAGCCGGGAAUUCCUUGAUAAGCUUGGACUGGGACACCGGGAAGAAGGCGAUUUGGGACCUGUGUAUGGCUUCCAAUGGCGACACUUUGGAGCGGAGUAUGUCGAUGCUAAGGCGGAUUAUACGGGUCAGGGUGUGGAUCAACUUAAGGAUGUUGUCAACAAGAUUAUGAACACGCCUUUUGAUCGUCGUAUCAUCAUGAGCGCUUGGAAUCCGGCUGACCUGCGCAAAAUGGCUCUCCCGCCGUGCCACAUGUUCGCGCAGUUCUAUGUCUCUUUUCCGCCGGAAAUGAAGCUGGAUGAGAAGACCGGCAAGCCUACUGAGAAGGGGACCCUGUCUUGCCUUCUUUACCAGCGCUCUUGUGAUAUGGGUCUUGGUGUACCUUUUAACAUUGCCUCGUACGCUCUUCUCACGCAUAUCCUUGCUCACGCUGCCGAUCUUCAUCCCGGCACUUUGAUCCAUACGAUGGGCGAUGCUCAUGUUUACCUGGAUCAUGUUGAUGCGCUGAACGAGCAGUUGACUCGCGAGCCGACCGAGUUCCCUGAGUUGCUUAUCAAGCGCGAUGACCGGGGCAGUGCUGUUAUUGAUGGUUGGAAGGAGGAUGAGUUUGAGGUUAUUGGAUACAAGCCUCACAAGAUCAUCAAGAUGAAAAUGAGUGUUUAG